CUUGAUAGAUAUAAUGCUCUUGCCUGUGGUUAAAUUGUAUGUUGAAUGCUUCAGGAAGAGCAAGAUCUGGAAUUAUUGUGCUACCUUGUGGUGCCGGGAAGUCUUUAGUAGGCGUUUCUGCAGCAAGCAGAAUAAAAAAGAGCUGCCUUUGUUUGGCAACAAAUGCUGUGUCUGUGGAUCAAUGGGCUUUCCAGUUUAAGUUAUGGUCUACUAUCCGAGAAGAGCAGAUAUGUCGUUUCACAUCUGACAGCAAAGAAAGAUUCCGCGGAAAUGUUGGUGUGGUGGUGACAACAUAUAACAUGGUUGCUUUUGGUGGCAAACGUUCUGAAGAAUCUGAGAAGAUCAUUGAAGAAAUAAGAAAUAGAGAAUGGGGUUUACUCCUUAUGGACGAGGUGCACGUGGUUCCUGCACAUAUGUUUCGAAAGGUCAUUAGUAUCACGAAAUCACACUGCAAACUUGGGCUCACUGCUACGCUUGUCAGAGAAGACGAGAGGAUCACAUAUUUGAACUUUCUUAUUGGUCCCAAGUUGUAUGAAGCAAAUUGGUUGGAUUUAGUGAAAGGAGGAUUUAUUGCAAAUGUACAAUGUGCUGAGGUGUGGUGUCCUAUGACGAAGGAAUUCUUUGCUGAAUAUUUGAAAAAAGAGAAUUCAAAGAAGCGACAAGCACUUUAUGUGAUGAACCCAAACAAGUUCAGGGCUUGUGAGUUUCUUAUCCGCUUUCAUGAACAGCAGCGUGGGGACAAGAUCAUUGUCUUUGCCGACAAUCUAUUUGCACUUACCGAGUAUGCAAUGAAGCUUCGGAAACCCAUGAUCUAUGGUGCUACCAGCCAUGUUGAAAGAACAAAAAUUCUUGAUGCAUUUAAAACUAGCAAGGAGGUUAACACCAUAUUUCUUUCCAAGGUGGGUGAUAACUCCAUUGAUAUUCCUGAGGCGAAUGUUAUAAUACAAAUUUCGUCACAUGCUGGUUCAAGACGACAAGAAGCUCAACGUCUAGGGCGUAUUCUCAGGGCCAAGGGGCGGCAUCAAGAUAGGAUGGCAGGAGGUAAAGAGGAGUACAAUGCAUUCUUUUACUCCCUUGUGUCAACAGAUACCCAGGAAAUGUACUACUCAACCAAAAGACAGCAGUUCUUGAUCGAUCAAGGUUAUAGCUUUAAGGUGAUCACAAGCUUGCCGCCUUCUGAUUCUGGGCCCGAGUUAUCUUAUCAUCGUCUUGAGGAACAGAUUCAACUUCUUGGAAAGGUACUGAGUGCUGGCGAUGAUGUAGUCGGUUUGGAGCAGCUAGAUGAAGAUGCAGAUGACGUAGCUCUUCAAAAAGCUCGUCGCUACAUGGGUAAUAUGAGUGCCAUGUCAGGAGCUAAAGGAAUGGUUUAUAUGGAGUACAAGUAUGAUUUUACUACUCUUUGAACCCCUUUAGCUUUUUUCAUUUGAAUGGAUGCAGAUUAUUAAAUGCAAAUUUUCCAUUUAUAAAAUUAUAUUCAGAAUUUGCUUUA